UGAGGUCGGAGAUGUCGUGUUCGGUGAGUCAGUGUCUGGUAUCUAGGGAGUUGAGGCCGCAUUGUUGUGGGGAAGAUGGGAAAGGGGGGAGUAGAGAGCAAAAGGGGAUAGAGUGAUCCACAGCGACGUUUUUAGACACUAGAGGAGGAGAGGGGAGGGAUAUAAAUCUGUGAGUGAGCGGUGGAAUAAUGAUUCACCAUAAUUGUGCAACUCUAUUCUUAGAGAGUCAUGAGUCAUGAGAGCGCCCUGUCCCUUCUACAAGAUAUGACGAAACCGUCUACAGAGCCUCCUUUGUUUUACAUGGAACUGCCGAAGCAGUAACAAGAUGGAAGAUGGCAAGUCAGUGACUUUUAAAUCAGCUUUUGCUUUUUACGCCUCUGCUCUGUAUCUUGGCGUACGCCCCGCAGAGCAAACUUCAUAUUCGUGUCGUAUCACUCUGCAGAUCAUCUUGGAGGUCCUCACUACCCUCCAAACUCUCCGAUGCGUUUCAAAUCUGCAAACUUCGCCCGAGUUGAUUCCGAUCAAGAACAAAACGGCUAGCGACCAGUUCUUCUCCAAGUAUGACAAGUUUAUCUCCAAGAGGUUCGAUUGGGAGGCGCAGGCGGUGAAGGAUGAAGUGGAGUGGAGGGCUAAAACGGUCGAGGCGCUUUAUCCAAGGAUUCCGAACCCGCCGCUGCCGUUGGCGGCCUCGAUUUCAUCGCAUGCGGGCAUAUAUCGAGAGGAGGGCUAUGGAACCUAUAUCGUGGAGUGUAAAGAGGGGAAGCUGGUGAUCGAUGCUACGGAUCGGAGUUGGCGGGUUAAGCUACUUUUCACGCACGUUUCUAGAGAGUUCUUUACGGUGGAAAAGCUGGACGUCGAUUCGCGGGAGAAGACCAUGUUAAAAGCAGAGUUUCGGCUUGAUGUCGAUUGUUCAGUUGGCCAGCUUGGGAUUGCCAUCUUGUCCGAUCACGCCGAUCUCCUGAUUUGGUUUCGGAGAGUAUUGCCUAAUGAAUCUUGAAACCUAAAGUUUCCUGUACUGGGGAAUUAAUCGCUGGAAACUUGGAUGCCGACGGCCGAUAUCAA